UUAAGUGGGAAAACUUAGGGGAUGCCCUACUUUACGGCCUAGCCGAUCGGCGGAUAGGUGUCAUCGAUGCUGCUGCUCCGGAAGAGGUGCUCCAGAGGCUCAACUGCCUUCCCUUGACCAUUCAAUUAGAACUUUCAUUUGGAACUACUAGCGAACCGGACGGAUGACUGGGUUCAUACCAUGACAUCUGACCCCGCGACAUUUUUUCCCUUUUCUGAUGAGUGCACAUUUUUGGAAGCUGCCCAAUAUGCGAGGUGCGUUUCGAGCUGGUUGACUGUUUCAUCUAAGAGUUUCUUGCACUCAUCCUUCGGUUCUGCAGGUGCCUUCCUGUCGUUUGCAUUAAAGAAGACUGCCCUUCUGUUUUCAUCUUGCUUCCUUCCUGGGUCUACCGCGACUAGCGGACUUGACAACCUUAAGUUUGUACGUGCAAGCGAAGUGUACUUUCUUCUAAUGGCGGUUGGUGGUGAGGUCACUAUAUGCUCGGCACUUCGAGUCACGAGUGGCGGCGGGACAGUGGAUCAGGGUGACAGGGAGCACUUGGGGAAGAGGAAGGAUAUUCACCGCGAAAAUCCGAUACUGGGUAUGAGAUGGACAUGGACGAAGAAGAAGAUUCCGGAGUGCAAACGCUCAGAGAACUCUGCUUCUGCCGUUCCGUGCUUUCCUGUAUCGUAUGUGCUAGUUAGUGAACGCGUUGGAUUACACCACAUCUCCUGCAUACGCCGAAUAUUUACUCCAGUCACCAUCAAGAUUAACCCCGUCGUCCAAUGCAUUUAUAAAAGAGACGUCAAAUUUUGUCUCGUUUCACCUGUUUACCCAUCUCCAUGCUCAGAAUUCGAAGGCAUCAGCAGCGGUGUCCAGCAUACUGAGUAGUCUUGUUGCUGCUGAACCAUUCUCCGAUACAUCGUUGCAGGGAUUAUGGCAACAUGUGCUUACCAGAUCUGUUGUGUUCGACUCAUUGAAUGUUUACGAGAAUACUCUACCCCAGGAAGCCUCGUGACAGCGGCCGUAUCUGCACUGAAAAUUAUAUACGAAACCUUUACACCUAUCCUA